CCCAUCCCAUUAGCAUAGUUGCUGACAGCCGUCCAGGGAGCUGGCCUCUUGGCAGGAGCUGGAUCUGAAGUGGAGCCAGAAGGGUUGGUAUGGAAAGACUGACAACUAGGGGACCCCCUGGCCAUCCUCACCAGGGGAAGGCCUCUGCCUGCUGGAGGCUCACGGUGAGGGUCCUGGAGGCACGGAACCUGGGCUGGACUGACCUGUUGAGUGAGGCAGACCCCUAUGUGACCCUAGAGCUGCCAACCGUCCCUGGAACAAAGUUCAAGACCAAAACAAUCACCAACUCCAGUCAUCCUGUAUGGAAUGAGACCUUCAGUUUCCUAAUCCAGAGUCAGGUCAAGAAUGUUCUGGAGCUAAAUGUCUAUGAUGAGGACUCAGUCACAGAGGACGAUGCCUGCUUCAGGGUUCUCUAUGACGUCUCAGAAAUCCUCCCAGGCCAGCUGCUCCGGAAGACCUUCUCCCUGCGUCCCCAGGGACAGGAGGAGCUGGACGUGGAGUUCAAGCUGGAAAAAACGUCAGACUCUCCAGAAAACCUCAUCACCAACAACGUCCUUGUGGCCCGAGAGCUGUCCUGCCUGGAUGUCUGUCUGGACCAUGCUGGGAGCACCACCACAGUCACGGACCAGGGCAAGCUGGAGCUGGAGCUGGUGCUGAAGGGGUCCUAUGAAGACACGCAGACAUCCGUGCUGGGUCCAGCCUCUGCCUUCCGCUUCCAUUACAUGGCAGCCCAGGAGGGAAAACUGAGUGCGCGUCUGAGGAGCUCUGCAAGUAACAGCUGGAGUUCAGACAAGUCAGCUUGGCAUCUCACUGUGCCCCUGAGGUCCUUGGCCGUAGGAAAGGAGGUGACCUUUCACAUUCCUACUACAAAUACCCCAGGAGUGAGGCUGCAGCUCAAGGCUGAGGGCUGCCCUAAGGAGCUGGAUGUGCACCUGGGCUUCGAUCUGUGUGCAGAGGAGAAAGCCUUCCUGAGCAGGAGGAAGCAGGUGGUGGCCAAGGCUCUCAAGCAGGUCCUGCAGCUGGACAGAGACCUACAGGAAGAUGAGGUCCCCAUUGUGGGCAUUAUGGCCACAGGAGGAGGUGCCCGGGCCAUGACCGCUCUCUACGGCCACCUGUUGGCCCUGCAGAAGCUGGGCCUCCUGGACUGUGUCACCUACUUCAGCGGCAUCUCGGGCUCUACAUGGACAAUGGCCCACCUCUACGGGGACCCCGAGUGGUCACAGAAGGACCUUGAAGGACCCAUCAAAUAUGCCAGGGAGCACCUGGUCAAGAGCAAGAUGGAGGUCUUCUCCCCGGAGCGCCUAGUGAGCUACCACCAGGAGCUGGAGCUGCGCGCGCAGCAAGGCUACCCCACGACUUUUGUGGACCUGUGGGCUCUCGUGCUGGAGUCCAUGCUGCACGACCAGGUGAUGGACCAGAAGCUGUCAGAACAGAGAACAGCACUGGAGCAGGGCCAGAACCCUCUGCCCCUCUACUUGAGCCUCAAUGUCAAAGAGAACAAUCUGGAGACCUUCGACUUCAAGGAGUGGGUGGAGUUUUCCCCCUAUGAGGUUGGGUUCCUGAAGUAUGGAGCCUUUGUCCCCAGCGAACUCUUUGGCUCCGAGUUCUUCAUGGGGCAGCUGAUGAGGAAGCUCCCUGAGUCCCGGAUCUGCUUUCUGGAAGGUAUCUGGAGCAAUAUUUUGUCCCUGAACUUGCUGGAUGUCUGGUAUGACUUCCUCAGCUCUGACGAUACCCGGAAGCAGCACCUCAAGGACAAGAUCAGGAACCUGGAGGUGUCUCCUGCCUCCUUGAAGACCUCCUCGUGGCUCGAGGCCUCAUGGCUACAACCCGGGACGGCACUGGCCAAGGCGUUUAAGGGCUUGCUGACGGGCAGGCCUCUCCACCAGCACAGCUGCAACUUCCUCCGGGGCCUUCAGCUGCACCGGGACUACUAUAGCCAGAAAGACUUCUCCACCUGGGCAGACUGCCCGCUAGACUCCACCGCUAGCCAGCUGACCCCUCAGGAGCCCCAGCUCUGCCUGGUAGAUGCCGGCUACUUCCUCAACACCAGCUGUCCCUCCAUGUUCCGGCCAGGCCGCAGGCUGGACCUCAUUCUCUCCUUUGACUACUCCCUACCCUCGUCCUUUGAGGCACUGCAGCAGACUGAGGCGUACUGCAGGGCCCGGGGACUGCCAUUCCCUCGGGUGGAGCCCAGCCCUCAGGACCAACACCAGCCACCAGAGUGCCACCUCUUCUCAGACCCCUCCUGCCCUGAUGCCCCGCUCCUGCUGCACUUCCCACUGGUCAAUGCCUCCUUCAGGGACCACUCAGCCCCUGGAACUUUCCCUAAAGCCAGAGAGAGGGCCGAGGAGUUCCAUGCAGAGUGGGCUGGGCUGAGGCUUAAGGCCACACCUGGCUCCACACCUAACAUGGGGCUUGAACUCAUGACCCUGAGACCAAGAGUUGCAAGAGUUGCUACAAUGCCCCACCAGCUGUGUUUUUAAAAGGCACAAGAAUAGCAAGGAUGAGAAUGACAAGGCGGCCAGAGCCCACAAAGGAAGAGUCCAGAGGCCAAACCAGAUCUCAGACCUUUAGCUCAUCACUCUCACCCCCAGAUAAAGAAAGUAACACCUGAGGAUGUAAUGGAACUUGGCCAAAGUCACACGACAAGCUCAGGACACUUGCUGUUCAUCUUGUGGUCAUUAUCCUUCUUUUAGGAAUGGUACCCAUUUCCUUGUGAGGAACACCCCUCUCCUCCAUUCUCAACCCAGGACCUUAGGGCUCUGACCGGCCACCCCCACUCGGGGGUGGGCGUGUGACUGGGCCUGGCAGUCAGACCCACAGAGCAGGCAACAGAGACUGGCUUAGAGACAAGUAGGUGAGGAGCCAGAGAGACACUGAGAGACUUUUUUAGGACUACAGAGAUGGGCACUUUCUCCCACUGGACUUGAACUUGGGCAGACCUGAGGCUGAAAUGAGUGCCACCAUCCGGCCAUGAGGAGGGAAGAGCCUCUCCAAGGAUGGAGGGAAGACAGAGAGGCCAGGUCCAGAGCUGUGUCAACAGUGUCAAGUCCAAGUUUAAAUCAGUCACCCUCCUGACUGUUCAAUCAUUCAUUCUAAUAUGUUCCUCUCCUCUCCCCCCAUUUUUUGGCUUAAUCUCACCUGAGUUGGCAUUUUUGUGGCCCACAUCGUGAAUCCUAACUAAUGUGUAAGAAACAAGAGUUUAAUGGAGAGGAGAAUGUUGGGCUCAGAACCUUGAGGUGAAGAAAAAGUAGGCCUUUGCUUCUGAGCAAUCAACGAAGAAUUUUAGGAUCAGGUUUAUACCCUGGAGCCACUUGUGCAUGUGUGUCCCAGGAGACAUGUACGAGGCUCUGGCAGCACUAGUCACGUUCCCCAAAAGCUAAAUCCAAAUGUCCAUCAAUAAGGGAAUGGAGAAAUAAAUUAGUAUUCUCAGACAGCAGAACACUAUACAGCAAGGGCAAAUAAUGAACUAUGAACUUUGAUGAACUAUGAACCUUAAUGAAAAAUGAACUUUGCACAGUGAUCUGGAUGAAUCCCCAAAAACAAAACAUAGAGUGAAACCAGAAAGUAUAGUUGCAUUUGGAUUAGUACCCAAAUAUCCAAAACUUAACAAUAUCUUAUUUAGAGUCAUACAUGUAUGUAGUAAACAUAUAACUGACGUCAGGAGAAUGAUAAACACAAAUUCACAUUAGUUGUUACCCUUGCAGGGAAGUUAUGAUCACUGAGGGGCACACCAGCAGCUUCAUCGGCAAUAUUCUGUGUCUCCAGCUAGGUGGGGGUGGGGGGAGCCGG